UGUACCAGUGGGAUAUGCUCCGCUGUUUUUUCUGACGUUAUCCUGGAGCUAAAAUGUCAUACUCUUAGUAGCGUUAGGUGGUGUGUUGUCUGAGUAUAAAUGUAAGAGCUGAAAAAGUGCGAUGUCGGAUAUAUUGUGCCGGUGGCUGAACCAGGAGCUCCAGCUGUCAAAGGCUGUAGAGCCAAAGACCAUUGCCAAAGAUUUCGCCAGUGGUUACCUAAUGGGGGAAGUUUUGCAUAAAUAUCAGCUGCAAAACGAUUUCAAUAUGUUUAUGAAGAAAGACACCUCCGUCUCCAAACUGAAUAAUUUUACCCGCCUUGAGCCUACUCUCCAAUUACUUGGGAUCUCCUUCGACAUAAACACAGCCCAAGACCUAAUUCAGGAGAAGCAGGGGGCUGCCACACGCCUCCUAUACCAACUCUAUGUCUCACUUGAGACGAACAGGAAAGCAGAAAUUAGUGGGACAAUGAUGGAAAUUAUGCAGCCAGCAGGAUGUGCAAGCCUGCACAAAAAGGAGCAUCAGAUCUAUUCUGACCGACUGCGUCAGGUGGUGAAACGUGAUACAGAAUUGAAACUCCAGAAAAUUUCCCAGCACUAUGAGGAGAAAUUCCAGCAGUUUGUGGUGACCCCUCCGAUCGAGCAGAAGAGACAAGUCAAAGUCCAGGAUGAGAAAAGACUGAAGAAUAUUGACAAGUUGCAGGCAUUUCAUCAGAAGCACAAAGGCAUGACUUUUAACCAGACCACUUAUAUGCAGGUGCCUAAGCCACCUCCAUACAUUUCACAGCUCAGCCUAAAGAAGAGACAGCAGCAGCAGAAGCGCAAAGAACGGCAAGCACAGAUAGUCCAGACUGAAAUAGCCCAGUUUGAGACAAACAGGAAGAAGGUAAUUACUGCUGGGUUAUCAUCAAGUGGUCAGUCCCCCAUAGAUUUUUCCCUUGGUAGCAGCAGUCAGGGCCGUGAUUUGCUUGGACGUGGAAAUAAGGUGAUGUUACAGUCCAGCAACAGGUACAUACAAGAAAUCCGAAAGAGGCUGGAGGAAAAUGCUAUAGCUUGCAAGGAGAGAGAGAAAAGACAAGACAGAUUCCUGGUGGAGCAGCUCAAGGUCCAUGAAGCUCAGGAGGAGGCACGACGAGAGGAGCAACUGGUGAAGCGACUGACACGUCAGACUCAGCAGGAGCAGCGUUUGGCAACCCAGCUACUUCAGAUACGUAUGCAGAAGGAGGUCAUCCGAGAGAACCGCCUGUUCAGAGAACAGCAGUACCAGCAGCGGAGAGAGAGAGACUUCCAGGAAGCUCUGGACAGGGAGGCGGCUCUGGCUCAGCAGGCUAAGUUGGAUCGUGCAGAAGAGAUCAAAAAGGAGCUUGAAUUCUGUAACAGGAUUGCUGUUGAGAGAGCUCAAAGGAAAUAUAAGAAGCAUUUUGAGAACUGCAGGGGCAUUUUGGAGCAGAUAAUGGACUUGGCCACAAAGGUUGGAGAAUAUCGACUGCUCAAUGGAAAUCGGAUUCCAGAGAAGCUGAUGAGAGAGUGGAAGGAAUUGCUGUUCAGUGGUCUUCCACUUUACGAGCCAAUAAAGGACCAGCAGCCAGGGUUUGGGUUCCGUGAACCACUAAACACUAUAGAGCUUCAGAAGCAGGAGAUACUCAACAACCAGGACUAUGAUGAAUACACUAAUAUGGUGGGUGAGUGGGGAUUGCCAGAGGAAGCUGUGGAAGUGAAAUUACCCGUGACCAACAAUGAUAUUCUUGGGUACAUUGUCCAACGACUGAGGAACGUUGUUGAUCCACCCAUCGCUGAACCAUCAUCAUCUCUAUUUCCACACUUUAUCCUUAAGGCCUGUGUCCUUGGAAAGUUUUGCUCUGGCAAGACCACCUGCCUGUCCAAGAUUGCUGAAGCACAUGGCAUCUACGUCUUAUCGACUGAUACUUUGAUUGAAGAGGCACUGAAUGCUCACAAGAACGGAGAGCUUUCGAAGCGAGCCAUACAAGGAGCUGCUGUGGAAAAAGAGCUGAGGAAAGGGAACGCUAUCCCUAAUGAGCUGUUAGUGGACAUUAUAGUAGAGGCGAUCAGUCAGCUUCCAUCUCAGUCAGGUUGGAUUCUGGAUGGAUUCCCAUUUGGCAUCGCUCAGUCACAUCUUCUAGAGAAAGCCCUUGGUGGAGCUGUAUCCUUAGAAAAGGAAGUUGUAAAUAGCAGGAAGAACCUUGCUAAAGAUCCCAAUCCACCAAAACCUCCACCACCCCCUGCACCUGUGCUGGACCUAGUUUUGCUCCUGGAUAUCCCUGAUGAGCAUGCAAUCAGUCGUGGAUACACUAAAAUGGAUCUGGACGAUGCUCCUAGAACCUCCCAGCAUGCAGACAAGAAUGUGUAUCUGGCACAGAUUGGACACAGGAUAACAGCUUUUCAAGAUACCUGGCCAAAACUAGAGAAAUGGUUUGGCGAAAAGCAAAACAUUUUGGUCCGUGUUGAUGCAGAUGUAGACGUUCAGGAGCUUUAUAGUAGGGUGGAGUCUAUCCUGCAUCAAGCUAUGUUGAAAACACAGGGAGCUUUUUCCAGUCCUCCUGUUGAAGAUGCUGUACUAGACAGUGCAAAAGCUCCCAAGUUGUCCUCUUCAAGUGUACCUUCAGGUGUAGACCAGCCUACAGCUCUCACUGGAGAAACUGUUGAGCCCACAGAGUCCUGCUCCAGCCUUAAAGAGGAAAAGGUCCAAAGUCUCAGAGGGCCCAGUAGGAGUGCAUCAGUAUCCUCAGUGUGCAGUGUUAGCUGUCAAGGAGCCCCCAAAAACUCACCUAAGUCUAAAUCUUUCUGCCCCCGAUCAUCUGUCCAGCUCUAUGUGAAUGAGCCACUUCCUCCGGAGAUCCCAGAGUACCUGUGCUCAUACUGGGACACAUUGUGCGAUUCUUAUGUAGACGGUGUAAAGACGGUGAUGCAAGAGCUGCGCUCGCAACGCUCUGUUAUCAACCAUCACCUGUUUAAUAUCAGAGAGCGUUACAAACAUUAUUUGGGGCGCCCAGACUUAAAGCAGGAGUUAGUGUCUCAAUGGCAGAAGAACUUCAACAGCAUACCCGAUGAUAUGAGAGAAGAUGAGGAUACCAAAGAAGAGCUACAUCUGAGAUUGGAUGAGCUACGUGAACGUUUGUGGGACAUUACUGACAAGCGUAAGGAGCAGGAUGAGCAAGAGAGGGCUUCUCUCAUGAGUGAUGGUUGGUUGGAGGAGCACAUUGUUGUUCUCGUCAACCACCACUCUAUACUUACGCAGGUGGAGUUAAACCGCUUCCAGGAGACGCUCUGUAUUCUCAGGGUCUACUAUUUAAGCAUGUGUGGACAGAUGCUUCCCAAACCACUCUCAAAUUUUUUUUAUAUUCCUUUAAUGGAAAACAUAGAAAAUAAGGAUCAGGAUGAGAGUAGUGAACCACCAGGAUCAAGUUUGUGCAAUCUGGAUGAAGGAGAGGACAAGAAGAAGUUACAUUUUACUCCACUCAACAGACAUCCUGACGCCUCUGGAAGGGUCUCCAAGACAAAAGGCCAAGAUCAGCCAGAACCUGUUCAACCACCACACGAAAAACUGAUAUCUGGCUAUGAGGAAGCACUCACAGCUAUCAGCAAUCUGGUGUCAGGAGAAACAGACAGGUCGGAGAUAAAAGAGCAGGACGAGAAACUACCAGAGAAAGAAAAUGAGAAAGCCUCCACAAGUGAAAAUAAAAACAACAAACAAAAGCAGUCAUCCAAAAAAGAUCAGUCAUCCCCACCACAGACACCCAGCCAGGCAACAGCCGAGGAGAGAAACUCAGAGAAGCCUUAUAAUCCUAAAGUUAGAGAAAAAUUGCACAGAGAAUAUUCAGCUGCAGUAACUCAUGAGGAGGAUGCGGUAAAGGCCCGCAUUGCACUGGUGAAAGCUCAUGGUCUGGUGAUGGUACAGUCUCUGCAAAGCACAGCAGAAGAGAUUUUUGGCAACAUGGAGAAGUGGCUACACGAACGCUAUCUUGCAGAAAUGAAGAGCAUUGACCAAUUAACAGAAGUGGUUCACCACCACAUAGAGACUGAUGCUAAGUUGAAGAAUGAGUUGGUGUUGGAGUGUUCUGACUUCUAUCUGAAUGGAGACUGCCGUGUGGUUGCUAGCCCACUUCCCCCUCCCCGUCCACCUCCUUUGGAGAAACCCAUGAGGUCCACCCCAACCAUAGCUCAGCUAGAGUUACUGUACCAGCAGCUAUACAGCAUUUCUCCAUCAGGCUUCAUGUCUACGUCUGGGUUCUUCAGUUUGCUCAAAGAUAUCAUCACUACUAACAUGGGCAAAGACACCUUGCCUGAGCCCUGGAUGGACAAAAGUGAAUCACAGUUGAUGGAGAUUGUGUCUUCAUUGACGGACAGCUAUGAGAUGGUAGACUGGCAUCGGUUUCUGCUCAGUGCUGCUCUUCCUUGGCCAUUUCCUUUGUUAAGUCAGCUGCUGGAUGUGCUACAACAGUUCAAGGCAGCAGAUACUGGUGACACAGGCUAUAUAAAUGAGGAGAACUACCUGAGAACAGAGUUGUGGUUCUCCACUGAAAGUGUCCAGACUGUUCCUGAGGACCCCUCUGAGCCUGUACCUUAUGAGCGUCUGGCCAACCUUCGCAAGUUCUUUUUCCACAUGUUUGCAGACCACUCCUUCUCUCCCUCUCGAUUGGAUUAUGUGUCCAUGCUGAAGUACUUUGCUGCAGACCCCAACCCCACACAGGGCUUCAUCCGAGUACUUAGCGUGGUCCUUGGUCAAAAGCUCACGCAUUCCUCACUGAACCAUCUUGUCAAAUCUAUGCCCAUCAUAGAAGAGAAUGCAGACCUCUCCUCCUCUGAACUUGACUACAAGGAAGAACGUGCUCUCAGUGCAUCAAGCAUUUUGGGGGAUGAGCAGGAAGUGUCGAUCCCUGCUCUCCUUUCUGUCAUCUGCCACAAAAUCACUAAGAUGGAAGACAAAAGCCACGUUCCCUCCGGCAGCCCGAGUCAGAAGGAGCACACUGCGAACCUGGUGGAAGUAUUCAGAGAGCUGGGAUAUGAUCCUGAGGACCAUGUCCCUUUUUCCAUUCUCUCUCAGCAUCCUUCUGUUCUGUCGCUGAUGGAGAGUUGUACACACCACCAGCUUGUGAACAUUCAUGGAGUGUUACUGGACAGUCAGCAAGGAGGAGAGACUAACAGCUCAACACUUUCAUAAAGGAUAAGAUAAAGACAUAAUUCGGGCCGCACUGUGAAGA